UGGGCUAUGACAUCAUUACCUCUGGAGUGGUAGUCAUUAAUAGACCUACAAAUAUUGUUGAAAGAUUUGAAAACAAAUACUGUACCUCAAUUUUAUAUGACACUAUCACCAGAAGGGUCAUUACCAGAGGUAAAUUGGCCGAUGAAGCGAAUGAGAAUUCGAAAGAGCUUCAAGAAGGCGUUAUUUAUGUACGAAACACCUUAAGCGCGCUCACUGACAUUUAUUUAAAACCCAAGCAACAAUCUUUCGAUAAUACGGCACUGUACGCGCUCUUGUACGAGGAAGCUAUGGACCUUUUACAAAAAAUACUGGAUCAUUAUAAAGAAAAGUUGAAUAGUGUAAAUACGGAUUUUUAUUAUUCUUUGAUUCUUCCAACCAGUUGGGAUUAUAAAGCAAGAGAAGAAUUGUUCCUGCCUCUAUUCGUAAAAGCUGGUCUUUUCCAUGAAGAUGAUGGUCCAGGCAGGCUGCUGUUUUUUUCAAUGUUAGAGGUAAUCUUUCAGAACAUGCAGAUGGAUAAAGGACUCUAUUGUGGUUUAGAAUUAAAGCAUAACGAGCAGCGCGUUAUGGGUACAAUAGAAUAUCAAGGUGCAUACUCCGUGGAUUUGAAAUUGGUAUCAACUCAAUAUCCUUCUUUCAGAUUAGCAAAAAGAAAAUUGGUGCCACAAUUGUUGAAACAAGCUCAUUUUGUAAUCCCGUUUGGACUAAAGGAACUACGAUUGUCAUUAAUAGCGUGCGUGGAAAAGCAUUGUGCUACUACGUUAUCAUCAGAAUCUAUCGACGACAUGCUUGAAAAACUCAGUCAAAAGUACGAUGGAGUUAAUGUUUUCAAAAUCAAAAGUGAUGAUUUAUACGAUCAGCCAUUGUCAGACUUGAAAUCUCGCUGGACGAAUAGAUUAAUCUAUUUAGAGGACAUACUUGAACAUUUUUCUUGUUCUUUCGAAAAAUUCUUUAGAAAUGAAGUAGACAAACUUCUUGUAGGCACGAGUAAUAUAGCACCCAGGUCAUUGGACAUUUUUUACACAAAUCGAAUUCCCAGAACUUUUUUAGCUGUAGGGUUAAUUUUAUCGGUUGAUUGUUUAUCGAAAAAGUAUUUCUGGGAACUUAGAGAAUCUUACACGUUAACAAACCUCCGUGGUGAUUCCCCCAAUUUCAGACUCUUUAACCAUCCUAUCCGAAGAAAUGCAACUAUACAGCUUUUGGAAAACCGAAUGGAAGAAUUUAACGUGCGCAGAAACCCAACUAUACUACCCAGCAAAACAACAUUGGAAGAACCCAAAAUUUGCUUAAAGCCUAUUAUCUUCAUUAAUAUCGACAUAUCGCUUACACAACUCCAGACUGUUUUUACAUACCUGGAUGAAGAUAGGCAAGUUGGACAGAAGCAAAAUUUUAAAUAUAAAAUGCAACCGUUGAAUUGUUUCAUCAAGCAAUUAGAAAUAUAUCAAAGGCCAGUACUACAUAUAUCAAAUAGACUGAAAUUAGGUUUAGAAAAGAUUUUUGGUGACUAUCUUGAAUUAUACUCAAGUUACGAAAGAAAUGUGAAAAGAGGAGUGCUGGUGAACCAAGUAUCCAAAUUACUUGGCCAAGCAUCCCGAAAAAUGCAGAGGAGAAGUAUUUUAAGCAAUGAUGAGUGGAUAAAAUCCAGUAGAAAUCGACAAAACGAAAUCAGGAAAUUAUUUGUUUCUUCACAACCAAACUUAUUUGAACAGCUUACGGCAAACCUUAAAGUAGAAAAUCUCUUUGUGUCGAAAGAUAAAUUUUGGAGUUCGGAUAGCGAGCCAUUCACUACUUAUCAUCCAGGUUAUAUAUUUUUUUUUGUGAUCACAUAUUUGCAUUGCCUCAACAAGCAAAUAGAGGAAGCAUUAAAUAUUAAUUUGGGAAACAGCUCGAAAGCUUACAAGACUUGGUACGGCGUCUCUAUUGAUAAAAACCUAUUAGAUACUGUAUUCGGCUCAAUAAAGAAAUUGGAAAAAUCUUUCUUUGCAAGUGGAAUACUCGGGAAGGACGACGAACUUCCAAAAGCAAAAUUUUGUACCCGUGGUGAAGAAAUUCUACCAUCUUUACAACACAUGUAUCAACAUUUGGAUUUUAGGUUGAAGUCGUUCUUUUUUGUCGCACAGAUAUAUUCAAAGCAUAUUCAACUCAGUUUGCAUCAAGUUGUCAAGCUGGCAUCACCCGAAGAAGAUCUAGCGUCCAUCAUUAUUCAAGAUGAAAUGAUACAUAUUCAUGAUGUAUAUGAUACACUCUGCAAACGUAUCAUGAAGAGCAUACAAUUCAAUUGUCGAGUUGACUAUUGUACUACGCAUAAGUACGGGGAAGAUAUGCAAUAUGAUUUCCAUUCAUUUCAGAUAUAUAGCAAUAUUUAUCGAAAUUUAAAACCAUGCGUUGUUGAACUUUUGGAAAAAAACAAAUCAAAUUUGGAUAUGAAUUCCAAAAUACAGCUGGAUAUCAACACGAAAUGUGAUUGCAGUGUUAGCAUAUUUCUUCGUGAUGUUAUUGAAGUAGGCCUUAUGUCAGUGAUAGAAAGUAUAACAUUAGAUGUAGUUUCUUCUUUGACAAACAAAGAGAUAUUUGGAAACUAUGUACCGAAUUAUAUAUUUGUGUUUGGAGACCCGUUUAAUCUGGCGCAGGGUUCAAAGAUCCACAUCACAUACACCAUGAUUAUGCAGAAGGCAAUCGACGACGGCUUAUAUUCUAAAGAAAAAGAUACGAAGGCAUUUAUACUGAAAGAAUCAAUUUUUCAAUUACUGAAUCCGCUUGUACCUAAAAGAAAACCCUAUAUGUUUGAAAGGUUUGUCACUGGAACUUUGUGCCAAGUAUCAAGCAAAACAUAUGGCAUGCGGGUCGAUCUCAAUGGGUUCUUUCCUUUCAUCAGAAUAAACAGUAGUGGUGAUAUCAAAAAUACGAUUGCAGAAGAUGGUAGUUAUUUGGUAUUUAUUCAGAAAGGGAAGCCAGUUUCAACAAAGAGUUUCAGAAUUCAAAUUGAUAGAAGAUACAACAACGAUAUUUUUUUGGGCAUUCUUCAGUUAGAUAGUUCAACUAUCACUGUUCCGGAAAAGUAUGCUCUAUUGCAAGGUGGUACUUCUGGUGUGACUUAUAACACAGGCUGCUUUUGCUUAUCGUAUGGUCAUAUCCGAAAUUUGGCUGUAGAAUGUAAGCAGAUGAGCAAUCAUUUAUCUAUCAAAUUAUCAAGAGGAUGCAUGGGCUAUAGUGAUGACUAUAUUGAUAAACCUUAUUACAGAACCGUAAAUUUCAUCGAGCCAUUGACACUCGCUUAUAUUUAACAUUCACUGCUUCAAUAAAAUCAACCUAUUUUUAAACCACC